UCCAGGCAGCACCAUCCGGCCAAGGAGAAUCAACUGUGGCCGCCUGUUUUGUGACUGCGAACGAGGCGUUCUUGGCGUUUUAUUUUCAUUUUAUAUUUCCUUUUUUAUUUUCUAUGUCUACGUUGUGCAGGAAGACAGCUCAACAAGCAAGCUAACAAACAACGGGUCUGAUGGAAAAAAUAAGUUGACUGAUCGCUCCUGGAAGACUGUUUCUCGCUCCAGGAUAAAGGAUAUUUUUAAUCAAAAUGAUUUGGAAUACUGGAUAUGGGGUGCUGAGGGAAUGGCGAUAUUUUUAAACGGGAGCCAGGAGCAGUGAUUUCUCCAAACGUCACAGGGACAACAGCAUCAGCAAAAUCAACAAAUAUAGCAUCACCUGAACUAUUACAUAUGCGGGUUAGGUGGCCCGACGCAAAUGAAGCAAUUCCACCGUUUGGCUACAUUUCGAGCUACUGUAUCUGAUUUGUUGUGCGCGAAACAUUUUGUCUCUUGUUUAGCUGAAAACAAGUAGCCUAACUGAGACCAUAGGAACUUCUGCGAAGUAGCUUGCAUGCAGCAGUUGGCGGUGGCAAGAGUGACGAUGAAUUUGACACAGAAAAGCAAAGAUGAGGAAAUUUGAAAGAUGAACGCCCCGUUUCAUAUCUGAUUGUUACCGAUUUACAUCUUUUACUGCACAAAUGGGAAAUUGCCCUGGGUUUGUGAGUGGAGAGGGGAUAGCCACUUCCAACAUGUGGGAGGUUUAAGGCCGUGGAGUAUUUAUUUAUUGUGGGGGGGAGAGGGUUUUCCUGUCGCAUUAACAUUUUUUACUGUUUUAAUUAUAUUUCAGCCAAUAAUCUACAUUAGCUUGUGUGCUUGCAGUAACAUUUAAAUUUUCGUUUUGUCCACGCAGAGGAAAUUAAGCUAGUUAUAUCACAUGAAGUAGGUCAGUUCAUUGAGAUGAAAAGAAAUGAAACUGCGGAAAUUGGGGAUACUUUAAUAUAAAGAUGACAUCUGAAGCAUUUGUUUGAUAUAUGUAUAUAUUUAAACAUAAAAUUAUUUGUGUCCGGUUUGGUGUUGACGUAUGACCGUUUGACUCGCAACUGCCCCGCUCCCAUUUCCCUCGUGACUCGCCUGUGUAGUUUCGCUGCUAAGAUCUUUAAUAACGGGUACCAUUUAAUUUUUAUUCCUAUCGCUCAGUUCCCCUUUUUCCGUCAUUUGGGUGCUGUUGUUGAGUGAAUGGCUUUGUGUGGUACCACGGCUUCCAAUGCCGCAAAAAUGAUGGCUGCGUACAACGGCGGCGCGUCGGCGGUGGCAACACAUCACCCACACCAUCAUCACCAGCUGCCCCAUGUACCACCACACCAUCUCCAGCAUCACCAUCACCAUCCGGGCCAGCAUCACCUGCACCCUGGUUCGGCCGCUGCAGUCCACCCUGUCCAACAGCACGCCUCCACGGCUGCUGCUGCAGCGGCAGCUGCUGCGGCGGUAAUGCUGAACCCGAGCCAGCAGCAACCGUACUUUCCCUCGCCAGCUCCUGGACAAGCCCCCGGUCCCGCCGCGGCUGCGGCACCGGCCCAAGUUCAGGCCGCAGCGGUCAAAGCGCACCACCAUCACCAACAUUCACACCUCUUACAGCAACCACUGGAUAUCGAGCCCGACAGACCCAUUGGAUACGGAGCAUUCGGAGUAGUCUGGUCGGUCACGGACCCCCGAGACGGGAAGCGCGUCGCCCUCAAAAAGAUGCCCAACGUCUUCCAGAACCUCGUCUCCUGCAAGAGGGUCUUCCGCGAGCUCAAGAUGCUGUGCUUCUGCAAGCACGACAACGUCCUAUCAGCCAUCGACAUCCUGCAGCCUCCUCAUAUCGACUACUUCGAGGAAAUCUAUGUGGUGACAGAGCUGAUGCAGAGCGACCUCCACAAGAUCAUCGUGUCCCCGCAGCCCCUCAGCUCCGACCAUGUCAAAGUCUUUCUCUACCAAAUCCUGCGAGGACUGAAGUACCUGCACUCCGCUGGCAUUCUGCACCGAGACAUCAAACCCGGAAACCUCCUGGUCAACAGCAACUGCGUCCUCAAGAUCUGUGAUUUUGGCCUGGCCCGGGUGGAGGAGCUGGACGAGUCGCGUCACAUGACCCAGGAGGUGGUGACCCAGUAUUACAGAGCUCCGGAGAUCCUGAUGGGCAGCCGCCACUACUCCAACGCCAUCGACAUCUGGUCCGUGGGCUGCAUCUUUGCCGAGCUCCUGGGCCGCCGCAUCCUUUUUCAGGCCCAGAGUCCCAUCCAGCAGCUGGAUCUGAUCACGGACCUGCUGGGAACCCCUUCUCUGGAGGCCAUGAGGACAGCGUGUGAAGGAGCCAGGGCCCAUAUCCUCAGGGGACCCCAUAAACAGCCAUCGCUUCCUGUCCUGUACACCCUGUCCAGCCAGGCCACCCACGAGGCCGUUCACCUCCUGUGCAGAAUGCUCGUGUUCGACCCGUCGAAGAGGAUUUCGGCCAAGGACGCCCUGGCCCACCCCUACCUGGACGAGGGGCGGCUGCGGUACCACACAUGCAUGUGCAAGUGCUGCUACACCACCUCGUCGGGCCGCGUCUACACCAGCGACUUCGAGCCCGUCACCAGCUCCAAGUUCGACGACGGCUUCGAGAAGAACCUGACAUCCGUGCGCCAAGUGAAAGAGAUCAUUCACCAGUUCAUCCUGGAGCAGCAGAAGGGGAACCGGGUGCCGCUCUGCAUCAACCCCCAGUCUGCCGCAUUCAAGAGCUUUAUCAGCUCCACCGUGGCCCAGCCCUCUGAAAUGCCCCCAUCUCCCCUGGUGUGGGAGUAGACUGCAAACGGCACACACACGCCACCACCGCCGCCCCCCAC